AUGAAGAACUUCUCCAACAAGCGACUCAUUUGUUAUGUUAAAAAGUAUUGGAUGAUGGCAGAAACUGAUGAGCCACAGAAUGAUAAAUCUGAUUAUAAAUGGUCAAUCGAUGUGAUUAUUAUCUUACAGUUAAUAGGAACAAUAAGUCGAGAAGCAUUGGAUACAAUGUCUUCAACUGUGGAAAAGCAGCUCUGUUCCUAUGUAUAUCCCAGGCCGAUAUUCCAAAAAGAUAUGGAAGAAUAUACUGGUUACGUCUUGCAAAUCGAACAGGAUGCGAAGCUUUCAAAGAGAAUAUUACGAAAUGCGCUCAACUCUAUAACUCGACUUCUUCACGAGUCUGAAGGUAAAGAGCCGAGGAAUCUUAUGAAGCUUCUCGAGAAAUCUACAGGAUUCAAUGGAGUAAUAGAGUUCGACAGUGAUCGAGUUCCACCUUUACAUCCAGAAGAAAUCCAGAACUGCUGGAGCCUAGUAACAGUAACAUUAACAGCCAUUGCGCUUUCUCUUCCUAACAUUGCAAACAGCCACAUCCACGGAUUGCUUGACUGCAUGAGGGAAGGCCUCCAAAUUGUAAGAUAUAUCGAAGAAAGCCUCAAUACAAAUGGUGAUUUGGUGAAGACAAGAAAAUCAGCUAGACAUGUGUGGACGGAUGUUGAAGUGUAUUGCAGGUGGCUACAAUUUGAUCUUCAAAAGAAGGCCCGUAAAGGAAAAACAUCAGAGGAGAUUCUUCAAUGGCUUGGUGAUGAAGCAGUAAAAUUUGUUAUACAGUUCAAGGCAAGGAAAAAUGUAAGUCUGGAUGACUCACUUUGUAAGUUCACUGCUGCGAGUUCAAUGUACAGAAUUAGUCAAACCAUACUGCUUCACUGCAAUGAGCAAGAAAAUUGGCCAACAGAUGAGGAAGUGUUUGAGUUUAUAUCAACCAUAAUCGCAGAUCUGCUAUGUGCUUGCUUUACCAACUUGCCACGUGUCAUAAUCAUGAAGUGUCAUGAUGAUGCGAUAGAGAAAAGGGAAGAUAACAUCAGAACUGCAGCUCAGCUUCUUGGUAGAUCCAAAAAAAUCUUGAAAAUUCUCAAAGCACGCCAACUUCCCAACUUAGAUUUGGAAUCGAUGGGGUACAUUGAUAAGUGGCAUGCAAUACCAAAGAGUGAGAUAUACAAUGGUUGUUCUUCGACCAAGAUUCAUUCAGCUUCUUCAAGUUCUAAUGAAUCUUUGUCGACCUCCACUACAAUCAUCUUUGUCCAUCGCGAUCAACCCAUCGUCAAGACUGUCAGGUUGUGCAAAAAAGAAGAGGUUGGGCAAAGAAGCUUCUGAUGUUCAAAGGAGAG